AUGGCACCGAAGUCGGCGCUCCCCAAGACCGGCGCCAAGGCUGGGCCCAAGAAGAGGGCCCAAAGCCAAGGCCGGGCCCCCGCCUUGCCGACGGAGGACAUCAAGAGGUUCAAGUCCUUCGUCCAGGCGGAAGCCAAAAGGGGAGCGAGGAAGAAUGACCAGACGGACUCCUUGGCGGAAGCCUACGAUCAGUCCGAUCGGGAGGGCAAGAGGGAGAUCCUGGAGAAGUGGUCGAACGACCGCUCCCUGGGAUGGGUGGCAGGCUACCUUCGGGAGAAGGCCUUCGUCCACUCGCAGGGAUGCGAAACGCGCUCCUCUUGGCAGACGGAAGCUGCGAUCUGUGCUCAGGAGGGUUUGGGCAACCUGGAGCACAUUUCCGAGGACAACCGGAAGGUCUUGGACGAGCUGCUCAAGGACUACGAGGUUCGCGAGCACGAGAUCCCGACUUUGGCCGCCCUUGGAAUGAAGCAGUACCGGACCAAGAAGACCGAAGCCACGGAGCAAGACUCCGUUCGCCUCACCCUGAGCGCAACUGGAGUGGACAAGCCUGAGAAGGCCAGCAGCAGCGGCAGCAGGAACAAGGGCAAGAACUCCAACACGACGCCCGUUCCGGGAGGUGCCCCUGGCGAGGUGGUGAUCAACUACACGGUCCUCUGCGAGAAGACCAAGAAGGAGGUGACCAAGUUGUUGACCCUCGUCCGGAAGGACGCAGCCGACAACGCCGAGGACUCGCUGGAGAACGUCACGUUCGACGAGCCCGGCUUGGAAGGCCUGCGGAAGCUCCUGGCGACACUGCAGGAGUCGCACGAAGCCUUCCUUGCGCUUCUGGCAAAGUGCUGUCCCAAAGCCUUGCCGAAAGCCAAGGCAAAGGCAAAGGCGGAAGCCAAGCCCGACGACUCCGCUGAGCCUGGCACUCCUGCUGACCCGCCCGCUGCUCCCGCGCCGGCUGCGCCUGCGGCUGCCAACGCUGAGGACAAGUAG